AUGAAGUAUGAAUCGAAGGAAGAUAUCCAUGAUUUCAAAGUAGCACUUAGCGAUCAUUUUAUUGUCGGCGCUUCGAAUCUUCGAAAAACUUAUAUCUUCUAUACAAUAUCGAAAACAACUCGUAACUCUUCAUGCAUCGUUCAUAAUCCACACAUUGAUCUAAAUAUCUAUGGUCUGCAAAUCUUAAAAAUGAAGAAAAAGAAUGUCGUCUCUUUUGUUCAACUGGCCGAAAAUAAAAAGACGAAAUCUGCUGUUCUCUCUCGUAUCUCCAUGAAUUUGACAGCAUGUGACAGCGUCCGACAAUCGCAGCCUGUCUUUCAUCAUACGACGGUUUGGAAAGAUGAUCAUCAAGAGCAUAUGUUUCUCAAAGUUGAUCCACAAGAAAAAUACGCGUAUAUAUUUGCCGAUUCGUUUAUACUAUCAUACGAUUUGUUUACCGAUCGAAUCAAUCAAAUCAACAGAACUAAUUGGAUUAUUUUCGGUAACGACUACGGAUCGUUUACUCCCUAUGCAUUCGAUCUAAAGAACGAUUGGGCUGCGGUAGCCGGAUUUCAUACAACUCAAAAUAAUUCUCGAAGUAAACAGUGUCUCUAUCUAUUCGAACUGCAGCCAUUACGUGUCAUUAAUGUCAGUUCUAUCGGUACGAAUGACAUUCAAGGGCCGGAAAGAAUUAGAUACAAUC